UGAUAUGCGGAUUACACUUCCUGGUACCAACUAUCUCUGUUAAAUGGUUAUAGUUAUUAUUAAAUGAAUUCUAGUGCAGAAGUUUACGUCAACAUUCCUGAAAGUGAUAUUAUGUUUAGUUUAUUUUCAUGAUCAGAUGAAUAAUCAGUUUGUUAUGGAGAAUAUGUAUCAACCACCUCACCGACCAAUGAAGUACCCAAAUAUGUGUAUAACUGAGUCACGUGUCAUAACGUUCAGCUCAUGGACAAACAUAAAUACAGCUGAUGUAGAGUCAUUGGUUGAUGCUGGUUUCUUUUAUACAGGUAACGAGGAUCAUGUUCGUUGUUUUGACUGUGGUAUCGGUUUACGAAGCUGGGAGCCUGAAGACGAUCCUUUGGUUGAACAUGCAAGAUGGUCACCGACAUGUAGAUUUAUCAUAGAAAAAAAAGGGCAAGAGUUCAUAGAUGCUGUACAAACUGCUGUUCGACAACUGGAAGCAGAAAGUCUACUUGGUCAUCUUGAAUUCAACACUACCGUAUCAACUCCAGGAGAUACAGAAAACGAAAAUAUCACAAGCCAGUCUGUUGUAGAAAAAGAUGUUCUACCCUGUGGACGACCUCCUACGGCAGCAGAAAAGAAGAAUCCAUUACUUACAAAUGCAGCACAAGCGCUGAUAGAAUAUCGUUAUUUACCCAAAACUGUUAAAACUGCGAUAGAUAUUGUAUUGCAAGAAAAGGGAUGGCGAGAUUUGACAUCUUCAAACUUAAUGAGAACUAUUCUAAAUCUUUCUAAUAAUGGGCAGUUAAACGAUGAUACUAUGCAACCCUUUCUUCAAGACAAAAUACAUAUCAACAAAAAGCCAAUAUUAGACAUAAAACAAAAGAUGAUCCAUGAAAACAGAGAGAUGAAAGAAAGAAUGUUGUGUAAAAUAUGUUGUGAAAACAUUGUGUGUAUUGCCUUUUUACCUUGUGGUCACCUGAUAAGCUGUUCUCUGUGUGCACCAUCUCUUGGUAACUGCCCGGUCUGUAGGACGGAAGUCAAGGGUUCUUUUAGAGCCAGUUUUGCAGUUUGAAUAUUUCAUAUACAUCUACCGCAUCAUCUGAUACAAUUCAUUCAAUCUCAUUAGGAUAAAAGUUUUAAAAGAUAUACGUACAUUUAUUACUUUAUUAACUGUUAUUUGUUAACUAAAUAUAUUGUGAAAACCGUUCGACUAAUAGAAUAAUGGAUUUUAUAGUUAUCUAUUCAUAAUUAUGUU